CCCUUCUUUCAAACUCAAGGUCAGUCUGAAGGUUAGAUGUCUUCAGCGGUUACUCUAGCUUUUGUUUUGCUAAUUACCUACAAUGGAGUUUGCUUUGGGCACAAUUUGGAAGAUUUAAAAUAUCGUGUCAAGAAAAUUUUUUACCAUGCGUAUGAUAACUACUUGAAGUACGCAUAUCCAUUAGACGAAUUGCGACCACUUUCAUGUAGUGGUCAUGAUACAUGGGGGAGUUUUUCGCUCACUCUGGUGGAUGCACUUGAUACCCUUGUGAUAAUGGACAAUCAUACAGAAUUUCGUCGUGCUGCCCGUGCUCUUCUGGAUAACUUAGAUUCCGAGAAGAAUAUUAAUGCUUCCGUUUUUGAGACUAACAUCAGAGUUGUUGGUGGCCUCAUCUCAGCCCAUCUUUUAUCUCGAAGAGCUGGCUUUGAAGUGGAGCCGUCCUGGCCAUGUUCUGGAGCUCUUCUACGACAGGCGGAAGUGUUUGCUAGUAAGCUGCUACCAGCGUUUGAUACUCCCACUGGAAUGCCGUAUGGCACGGUCAACUUCAAGUUGGGCGGCGUUCCUACUGACGAAACAACAGUUACAUGUGUAGCGGGUGUCGGAACGUUCAUUUUGGAGUUUGGAGCUCUGUCGCGCCUUACAGGUGAUCCUAGGUAUGAGGCUGCUGCAAUGCGUGCCCUGAAAGCUUUAUGGAAGUAUAGAUCUACUCUUGGAUUACCGGGCAACCAUAUCGACAUUAGCACCGGCAGUUGGACAGCACGUGAUGCCACUAUUGGUUCAGGAGUAGAUUCUUAUUUUGAAUAUUUAGUUAAAGGUGCAGCCCUUUUUCGUCUUCCUGAAUUAGAUGCCAUGUUUCGAGACUACAGACUAGCAAUUGAAAAACAUAUUCGACAUGGUGAUUGGAAUCCGAUGAUAAACAAAGAUAAAGGUGGAGUCACUAUGCCAGUGUUUCAGAGUCUUGAGGCUUUUUGGCCUGGUUUAUUGGUUCUUACUGGUGAUCUGGAUGCAGCUCGAAGACAUCUUACUGCUUAUCAUGAAAUAUGGAGACAAUAUGGAUUUCUUCCAGAACUCUAUAGUCUAACUGAAGAAAAAGCAUACAGAGGUCGUGAGGCUUACCCUCUACGACCAGAAUUAAUCGAAUCCAUUCUUCAUGUAUAUCGUGCUACACGUGAUCCGGCUUUGAUUGAUAUGGGUGUGGAUAUUCUAACUUCAAUUGAAGUUUCAGCGCGUACAUCUUGUGGUUUUGCAACGAUUGCAGAUGUUACAAAACACACACUGGAAGACAGGAUGGAAUCAUUUUUCUUAGCAGAGACGACAAAAUACUUAUAUCUUCUAUUUGAUGAAAAUAAUUUCAUUCAUCAGUUACCAGGUGAGCAAACACUCACUGGGAGUUCUCGUUCACCAGCAGGACUACAAUGUUAUCCAGAAUCUGGUGGCUAUAUAUUCAACACAGAAGCUCAUCCAAUAGAUCCUGGUGCUUUAAACUGUUGUUCUGCUUCACGUCUAGAUGAAAUUGAACAAGCUACUAAAGUGAAAACUUUAAUCUCUGAUUCCACUCAAUAUAAGCUAUUAAUGGAUAAUAAUAAUAAGCGGGAGAGUGAUAAAGAAGUUAACAAAGCCAGUCAACAGAAUGUAGAUUCAGCUGUGGAAAUCGAUUUACUUUCUGCUGUUGAUUCAGUAUUCAGUGAACAUAUCCAAUCACAGUUUGGUAUUUCUUCAGAUGAUGCUUUCUCAUGGGCUGUUAACCAAACAGCUUCGAACUGUUUCAACAAUGCAUUGUUUGAUUCCAGUCUAAUUCAUUCAUGGAAAGAAUUUCGUAAAAUAAUUGAAUCAUCAUCGUCAUCAUCACUUUUACAGGAUGAUAAGCAACAAAAAUCUUCAAAUGUUAAUUCAUUCACCUCUAAAACGUCUCCAUUACUUACCUGUCCUUAUCCAUCAUUUCAAAAUCGAUUUGCUUACUCAGGAAUACUGACAACAACAUGAUAUUUUGUUUUGUUUUGAUCGCCUUACUUACUGACUUACCUUUCUCAGGUGUUCUGUGAUCUUCAUGUUGUAGAUAUUACUCUUUUUUUAUGACUGUUUUUCUGAUGGGAAUAUAUAUAUAUAUAUAUAUAUUUGUUUAAAACACUGAUUAUUAGUCAGUGAAUUCUGUCACUUCUUCCGAAAAAACACAUGAUACUGAAUUUUUGU